CGGAGGCCGGCGGCGCCGAGGAGCUGGUUAGGCACCUCGUCGCCCGAAACUUGGGAGCAGUCGUUGGGCGCAGCCGCCGAGGAUGGGGAGGCGCGUCCACUGGUCCGCAGCCGCGGUCCGGGGCACGGGACCACCGCCGCCGCUGUUGUUGCUGCUGUUGCUGCUGCUGCUGCUCGCGGUGCCCAGCGCGGGCGCGGCUGUGCCCGCGGCGCUGUACGUGCCCUCCGACCCGCUGAUGCUGCUGCAGGCGGACACGGUGCGCAGCACGGUGCUGGGCUCCCGCAGCGCCUGGGCCGUGGAGUUCUUCGCCUCUUGGUGCGGCCACUGCAUCGCCUUCGCCCCUACGUGGAAGGCGCUGGCCAACGACGUCAAAGAGUGGAGGCCAGCGCUGAGUCUCGCUGCCCUGGACUGUGCUGAGGAGACCAAUACCGCGGUUUGCAGAGACUUCAACAUUGCUGGCUUCCCGACUGUGCGGUUCUUUAAGGCCUUUUCCAAGAGCGGCCCUGGAGCAACACUGUCAGUGGCUGGUGCUGAUGUGCAGGUGCUGCGGGAGAGGCUCAUUGAUGCACUGGAGUCUCAUCAUGACACGUGGCCCCCAGCCUGUCCGCCUCUGGAGCCUGCCAGGCUGGAGGAGAUUGAUGGAUUCUUUGCAAGAAACGAUGAAGAAUACCUGGCCCUGAUCUUUGAAAAGGAAGGCUUGUACCUGGGUAGAGAGGUGGCUUUGGACCUGUUCCAGUACAAAGGCUUGGCUGUGCGCAGGGUCCUGAACACAGAGGAUGACGUAGUGAGCAAGUUUGGUGUCACCGACUUUCCAUCGUGCUACCUGCUGUUUCGGAACAGCUCAUUUUCCCGGGUCCAUGUGCUUAUGGAAUCGAGAUCCUUCUAUACCGCUUAUCUGCAGAGGCUCUUUGGGGUUACCAGGGAGGCUUCCCAGACCACGAUUGCACCAACCACUGCUAAUGUGACAGCUCCCACUGUUUGGAAACUUGCAGAUCACUCCAAGAUCUACAUGGCUGACCUGGAAUCUGCACUACACUACAUCCUACGAGUAGAAGUGGGCAAGUUCUCAGUCCUGGAAGGGCAGCGCCUGGUGGCACUGAAAAAGUUGGUGGCGGUGUUGGCUAAGUACUUCCCUGGCCAGCCCGUAGUCCAGAACUUCCUUCGCUCCACUAAUGACUGGCUCAAGAAGCAGCACAGAAAGAAAAUUCCCUACAGUUCCUUCAAAGCUGCCCUGGACAGCAGGAACGAGGGUGCUGUUAUCGCAGAGAAGGUGCAUUGGGUUGGCUGCCAGGGCAGUGAGCCACAGUUCCGGGGCUUCCCCUGCUCCCUGUGGAUCCUCUUCCACUUCCUGACCAUGCAGGCAACUCGGCAAAAUAUAAAUCAGCCGCAAGAGACAGCCGACCCCCAGGAGGUCCUCCAGGCCAUGCGGGGCUAUGUGCGCUACUUCUUCGGCUGCCGAGACUGCGCUGACCACUUCGAGCAGAUGGCCACUGCCUCCAUGCACCGGGUGGGGAGUCUGGACAAUGCUGCACUCUGGCUCUGGUCCUCCCACAACAGGGUCAACGCUCGCCUCGCAGGGGCCCCCAGUGAGGACCCCCGGUUCCCCAAGGUGCAGUGGCCUCCCCGUGAACUCUGCUCUGCCUGCCACAACGAGCUCCAGGGUGAGCCUGUGUGGGACCUGGGCGCCACCCUCCGCUUCCUCAAGACUCACUUCUCCCGCAGCAACAUAGUUUCUGGACCUUCCUGGGCUGUGCCCACCCACAGGGCUGCAGAGAGGAGGGCAGCCAGCCUCAGGGUGCGGGAGCUGGCCACUGGAAACCCACCUCCGGGCCCUGAGGAGGAGGCUGAGAUCACUGUGGGCCCAGGGACAGGGGAUUGCCAGACCACCGUCCUGGGUGUUCCAGCAGAGGGACCCGGGGCACGAGGCCCCCAGGAGCCGAGCAUUGGCCUGGGUCCAACCAACCAGGGGCUGGACCAGGAACCCCCUGAGCUCAGAGCAGAAAGUCAGAGGGGUGAUAUGGAGCAGCCACAGGGGAAGCAGCGCUUGAGCAAGCGAGACACAGGGGCUGUAUUGAUGGCCGAGCUCCAGGCUGAGGAAGACCUCCUCGGAGGCCCUUCAAAGUCAAGGCGAGUGGGCCGCAGCUCCAAGCAGCUGGCCAGCAUCCCUGAUGGGGAGCCCGAGGCCGGAGCGGUGCGGGGCCAGGGCCAGUGGCUGCAGUUGCUGGAAGGGGGCUUCUCCCACCUGGACCUCAGCCUCUGUGUGGGGCUCUACUCCCUGUCCUUCAUGGGCCUCCUGGCCAUGUACACCUACUUCCGGGCCAGGAUGAGGGCCCUGAAGGGCCGCGCCAGCCACUCCACAGCCUGAACUGCCCAUUGGGGUGGGGUGGAGGGGAGAGGGAGCUGCCAACCAGCGGCCUUCCGGCCUCCGCCCCCUCCUCUGUGCACAACCCCUUGCUCCCUGUGCAGCCUAGGAAGGUAGAAGCCAGGAAAACCAGUUGCUCCAGUGACCCUCUUUGGGCCUGCUGGGAAGGAGUGCUCCAUAGACGGGAAUAGAAUCCAGUGUCAUCUGACAGUGGAGGGGGAGGGCAGUGGGGGUUAGGGGGGCUGAGUCCCUGGCCUGUGCCAUCAAGUUCCUGUUUUCAGCUGAUUCAAAGUCCUGCCCCAAUCCUGGCUGAAGCCUCAAUGUCUCCUGCUUGAUCUUGGCCCUAAACCAGGGUGAGUGAAGCCCCAGUUUCCAAGGUUUCUCAUCUAAAGGAGGCUUGCUGGCCUGGGGGGCUCCACCUGCACCCUCCCUUCUGAACACGAAGGACUGUGCACCAGAGGAGGGAGGAGCGCCGGGUGGCCUGCCCCUCCUCCAACCCCUUAGCUCUCCUGAGUGGGAUUUGGCUUCAGAGUGGGGUCCAGAAGCUUCUAGAAGUCAUGCUGGCCUCCCAGGUGAGGUUUGAGUCAGCGUUUCUGGGAAGAGAGCCCAUGGCAGGCUUCUUCCCCAGACCUCUGCUGCAGGAAGAGUGUAGGUCCGAGCUGGUGUGGACUCGCCCAGCAGGGCUUCUGCGUGAGUGGCGUGCCUGGCGGGACCCAGUGCCGUGGUGGCCUGGGACACAGGGAUGGAUGUUGAGGCCGACAGGUGCCUUGGCCCUGGGCGUCACUGAGAGGUACCCUGCAGCUGCAAGGAAAGCGUGGUUGCUGUGAAUGUGCUUUCUUCCCAUUGGGCUCUGCCCCGCUCCAGGCUGGCUCUUUUGUCUUUGUAUUUUGGCCUCUAGAAAUAGAUGCUAGUUUUUUAAUGUGCAGGGUGCUGGGUUGGGAGUAAUGAUGGGGGUGUCCUCUCCAGCAUGUAGAAGUUAGAAGGGUCUGAGGGGAAGGAAAAACUAUCCAUGCCUGUUUCCCAGUGCCCCAUUGCUUGGUGGCGGGGGAUGUGUGUGUGUGGAAUAAAUUAUUUUUGCAAAGGCAA